AUGAUUAUCGGACAAGUAUUAUUAGGGUUAACAGGUUUAGGUCUAUCCAUCUAUGCAUAUUAUGUCAAACAACAACUUAAAAAAAAUCCAAAAUAUAAAGCUCUAUGUGAUUUAGGACCAAAUAUAAGUUGUACUAAAGCAUUCUCGAGCAAAUAUGGUACUGGAUUUGGACUUUCAAGUUCAUUAUUUGGUGAAAAUAGUAUUAUGAAUGCAUCAAAUGUUAAUUUCGGUAUUGGAUUUUAUAUUUUUCAAAUUAUAUCAGGUUUAAUAGUAAUAUCAUUAUUUAAUAAAUUAGCUUUAUUUUCAUCAGUAUUGUCUUGUAUUAGUUCAAUUUAUUUGGCUUAUAUUCUAGCAUUUAUUCUUAAAGAUUUUUGUCUUGUUUGUGUAAUAAGUUAUAUAAUUAAUUUUGGUCUUCUUUGGUCAAAUAUUCAAACAGUUUAUUCAAAAUAA